AUGGACAACAUAAGUUCUGGAGACUUUUCCAUCUUUUGCACUGCAGUCCCAACUCCUGCUGCUUCAAAGCAGCAGAAGCAGCAGCAGCAGCAGCAGCAGAAGCAGCAGCAGCAGAAGCUGCAGCAGCAGCAACAGGAGCAGCAGCAACAGGAGCAGCAGCAGCAGCAAAAACAGCAGCAGCAGCAGCAGGAGCAGGAGCAGGAGAGCCAAGAGGAGGAGCAGAAGCCAUUGGCACCUCAUGUAAACAAGUGCAAAGACUUUUCCAUCUUUUGCACUGCAGUCCCAACUCCUGCUGCUUCGAAGUCGGUUCCACAAGUUAAGAAGAGAAGAAAGUUUUUUUUUUUAACCCUCCUCUUGUUUUCGCGUCGUUUCUUGCAACAAGGCCUUUUGACUUUGUCAGCCACUUCUAUUUUAACAAAAUAA